GGACUAAGCUCCUCCCUGUCGGUCUCGCGCUCCUAGUUACAUCGCUCGCGCCUUCCCUGCACCUGCGCAGGCGCUGUCUGUACUACGCAACUAAUCGCAGUUGUUUUAUUACUGUAUUGCUUUUGGCAGGUAUUUACGUUGCAGAAUGCGGAUCGGCUCUGUGCAUGUGUUAGCGGUGUGUGUGUGGGCGGUAGGGGUGAGCUCGCUCGGGCUCCCUGAGCAGCCGUGUGUCGCCCCGCUGCAGUGGGAGGGCCGCACCGUGCAGUAUGACCACAGCACCGGGAGAAACACGCGCGCCGCUGUGGCGUACGAUGCACAAAACCAACGCAUACGAGUGUUAGAACAGAAGACGGGACACACACCGUGUAAGAAGUUCUUUGAAUACAUCUACUUGUAUACCAGUGGCGUGUAUUUCCAGAUUGAGCAAGUCACCAAGGCGUGCUCUAAGCUCAAUUUGACUGAGGUCUGGGACCCCUAUGACAUCCCAAUGAACUCCACAUAUGAGGAUCAGUAUUUCAUUGGUGGGCCUGGAGAUAUGAUUGAGGUCCAAGAGUGGUCCGACCGAAAACAUGCUCGCAAAGAUGAGACCUGGGUGGGAGUUUACACCCUGAAAGACUGCUACCCCGUGCAUGAGUCAUACACCAAGAACAGCAGCGUGACCACGACCACUCGCUUCUUUGACCUUGAACUAGGCAUCAGUGACCCUGAAGUGUUCACCCCACCCAGCACCUGCAUGUCCGCUCUGCCUGAACGUAUGGCCUCUGACUGCUGAAGCUUUUAUUCUCAGUAAUCAGGUUUGUGCAGUCUGCACAAGUAAAGGAAAGGAGUAACCUGUACACAGUAGAUUUUCUAGGUGGAAAACUGCUUCUGGGCUGAAGUCAUUGAGACAGAAUGAAGUGUAGGCUUAACUACCAGAAAAGCACAGCUGUAUCUUUAUGCACCAAGGACCUCAUAUUUGGGCUCAAAUAAGAGUGUGCAUGCCAUUGCUAGUUCUUUACCUCUAACGUUAGUAAUUUAAAACAGUCAGAAUGUUGACUUUAGUACACUUUACUACCUCCUUCUAAUUUUGUUAUUUUUGCACUGUGCCUCUACAUCUGUUUUAACAGUUAAUUUAACUUAUAUUUAUUUUAUGAGGUGGAAAAGAUUAAUUGUGUUCCGGUUUGUUUAACUGACACUCGUACUUGUUUAAUUUGAUCCAUUUAACUUAUAUAAUAUGACCGCUUCAGUAAUCAUUGCUUCAUGCUAAAAUCCAUAACACUAAGACAUUAAUAAACCAAUGUUACCAAAGGAA